AUUCUCGUUCGAACCGGCUAGGCUUGAUGAAGUGAUCUAUACACUCUUAGUACUGUUGGACGCUUCUGGUCUUAACGCCAGCAAUGGCCAGGGCAUGCGGGUCCGUGCUCUUCGAAAUCAAUUGUAACUAGUUGUAUGCAACAAGUUAUGGGGAAGCUUACUAACAUUUUAAAACUAAAUAAUUUUUAUCCAUGUGUCAAAUCAUAGCCGUUGUAUAAACAAUAUUUCAGCAUCGACAAGUAAAACGGAGUUAGAAUGCGAAUUUCCUCCGAAGAUGGAGGAGGACCUCAGUCACGUGAGGAGGAAGAGGCUCACCACCGAGACGGGCCUUGUGUGCCUGGAGGAUUAUCCGUACACUGUUUCUGUUAGGUUGCACGGCAAGCAUUGGUGCGGGGGUGCCAUCGUCAGCAAGCAAUGGGUGCUGACCGCCGCGCAAUGCUUUGAUUAUGUUACAAAAGACGAGGUGUCCGUUCGCAUGGGAUCAGUGUUCCGAGACUUCGGGGGUCGGAUCCUGUCCGUGCUGGACGUGCGGAGACACCCGGACUACAGGGUCGACCAGUACUAUCCAGAGCAUAACCUCGCUAUGGUUAAAGUGAAUCUUCCGAUAGCUGCUAACAGCCGCAUGCAAGCCGUGCCGUUACCCGAACCUGAUGCCGAUCUACCGUUGAAGUUUGGUGAAACUGUUGUUACCGGUUUCGGAUCGGUGAAAUCCGGUCAAAUCCGAGAAGGUGAGAACCAGGAAUUGAGGCGGAUGAUAGUUCGCGAGACGUCCCGCGCCGAGUGCCGCCUGCUGUACGGCAACGACUACCUGCUGCAGCACGACAACAUGUGUCUGCAGAGCGUCGUCACGGGAGUUGCGCUCUGUGCUGGCGACAUAGGCGACCCGGCGGUACACUUCAACGGCAUAAACCGAGCAGGGACGCUGUUCGGUAUCGCGUUAUUUUCCGGCACCGAGGAAUGUGCAGCCAAAUCCAAACCAGGAGUUUAUGCCAAGGUAUCAUAUAGUCGACUUUGGAUUGACAAAGUGUUAGGAGAAUUACUGGAACAUACGGAAAGUGCUGAGAGUGAAGAAAAUGUUAUUCCAGUUAAUAACGAUGAUGAAUGAAUUAUUAUAAGUUUAAAAAUUAUAUUAAAUUACGUCUAAAUUAAAAUAUACGUCUGUUGAGAAAACUGAAAA